UCCGCAGAGCCGGGCGGCCCGACUCCUGCGAGCGCAGGGCGGGUGGGGAAGGUGUUGAGGCCGGCGAGAGAAGAGCGAGGCAGCCGGCAGCCGCGGGGCCGAGCCGCCGGGGGGGCAGGGUCCGUAGAAGGCCGGUCCCUGAGGGCGCCGUCCUGGAGGAGGCCAUGGUGCCGGCCCCGCGGAGCGCGAUCCCCAGGUGAGGGCCACGGCCCCGCCCGGCGCCUCCGGCGGCGAGGUCGAGCCGGGCAGCGGCUGCGGGUUGGCGGAGAGAGAGGAUGCGGCCCGCCCUGCUCCCUGACAGCGAGACCCCCGGCGUCCGCCGCUGCGGCGACACAGGGCCCCGCGCCGGCCCAGGAGGCGGCUCCGGCGGUUGGUGAAGUCACCCGCCCGGCCGCCCUUUCCCCGAAGCCCACGAGUGGAGACGGCCUCCCCGCCGGCACCACCUCCCUCCACAGCCCUUUGUCCUCGCUGCCCGGAGCUGAUCGAUGCGAAAACAUGCCUUGCACGUGCACCUGGAGGAACUGGAGACAGUGGAUUCGACCCCUAGCCGUGGUCAUCUACCUGGUGUCCAUAGUCGUGGCGGUUCCCCUGUGCGUGUGGGAAUUACAGAAACUGGAGGUUGGAAUACACACCAAGGCGUGGUUUAUUGCUGGCAUCUUUCUGCUGUUGACCAUACCCAUCUCUCUUUGGGUGAUACUGCAACAUUUAGUGCAUUACACACAACCUGAGCUACAAAAACCAAUAAUAAGGAUUCUUUGGAUGGUACCCAUAUACAGUUUAGAUAGUUGGAUAGCUUUGAAAUAUCCCAGCAUUGCGAUCUAUGUGGAUACCUGCAGAGAAUGCUAUGAAGCCUAUGUCAUCUACAACUUCAUGGGAUUCCUUACCAACUACCUAACUAAUCGAUAUCCUAAUCUGGUAUUAAUCCUUGAAGCCAAAGAUCAGCAGAAACAUUUCCCUCCAUUAUGUUGCUGUCCACCAUGGCCUAUGGGAGAAGUACUGCUGUUCAGGUGCAAACUGGGUGUGCUGCAGUACACGGUUGUCAGGCCCUUCACCACCAUUGUUGCUUUAAUCUGUGAACUGGUCGGUAUAUAUGAUGAAGGGAACUUUAGCUUUUCAAAUGCUUGGACUUACUUGGUUAUCAUAAAUAAUAUGUCACAAUUGUUUGCCAUGUAUUGUCUCCUGCUGUUUUAUAAAGUACUCAAAGAAGAGCUCAGUCCUAUCCAACCUGUUGGCAAAUUUCUCUGUGUAAAGCUGGUGGUUUUUGUUUCUUUUUGGCAAGCAGUAGUUAUUGCUUUGUUGGUAAAAGUUGGCGUUAUUUCUGAAAAGCAUACAUGGGAAUGGCAAACUGUAGAAGCUGUGGCCACCGGACUCCAGGACUUCAUUAUCUGUAUUGAGAUGUUCCUCGCUGCUAUUGCUCAUCACUACACAUUCUCCUAUAAACCAUACGUCCAAGAAGCAGAAGAGGGCUCGUGCUUCGAUUCCUUUCUUGCCAUGUGGGAUGUUUCAGACAUCAGAGAUGAUAUUUCUGAACAAGUAAGGCAUGUUGGACGGACAGUCAGGGGACAUCCCAGGAAAAAAUUCUUUCCUGAAGACCAAGAUCAAAAUGAACACACCAGUUUGUUAUCAUCGUCAUCACAAGAUGCCAUUUCUGUGGCCUCUUCGGUGCCACCUUCACCCAUGGGUCACUACCAAGGGUUUGGACACACGGUGACUCCCCAGACGACACCUACCACAGCUCACGAGGCUGAUGAAGUACUUAGCGACACUGAGGAAGGGAACGCAGAGCCCUCACAUAAACCCAAGGACUCCUGAACAAUGAAGAAAGACGCAAACCGCCACCACCAUAGGGUUUCACUGCCCGGUAUCCUACGGCUCAGAAUUUCGUGCUUGAGACAGGCUAUAAAUGAUGGGAGAACGUCAACACAAAGAUAGGUGGAUUUCUGUAUGUAUGUGUUUUGUAUAUCACAAAUAAUCAGUCUAAAUUUCCUAGACUUAGACUUGAUUUCCCAACAUUUAGAGUAUCACAUACUCAAAACCAUAGAAAAUGACUACAGCUGAAUGUUCCUGGCAUUACUUUAUCAAGAAGAUGGACAAAGAAAAAAAAUGCAAUUCUUCCUACUACUGCUGCAUGAAUAUAAUGCUCUGGACAGAAGGCAUAACCCAGAAAUAUGAAUUAGUGGAACUUACUCAUAAUCAUGUGCCAUAUAAGCUUACCUAACAAUUAUUUCUCUACUUCUCAAUUGAAUGUCUUUCAAUAAAUAAGAAUUUAUCCUUUUCUGCAA